UUGUGAGUUCAUUGCGGAAAAUGCUAGCGAGGGACACAGAUAUAAUCUAUAUAUAGAAACUCAUUAUGAUUUGUAGUUAUUAUGAUUUUCUUUCCGUUGUUUUUUUAUCUCCCUUUCGUAGUGGCGUCAUGUGGCGAUUCCGAAUUUAAUGGAACAGACGCUGAAAUAUUACGUAUUAUGAGACCAAGAACGAAUUGGUCGUGUGUGUGGGCGGUGGUCGUGGCGUGGGCGUUUGCAUCUCAGUUAAAUGGAGAGGCCGCCGAGGAUGUGCUCUUCAAGUCUGCGGAGGCCAAGGACGAGGUGCCGGUCACACUGCGCAUGGAGGACCCGAAGACCGGCCUCGCGAAGUCGAUGGUUUUGCAUGUGAGGCGCGCCAUGUUGGACCGCUAUCACGUGACGAAGGAGGAGAUGGAGAAGGGCGCGGUGGUCUUCGACGAAGCAGGCGCGGCGAAGAAGCUGAUGGUGAAGGGCACCGCCUUCGAGAUCCCCGCCGCCGAGGAGCGCAUGGACGCCGUCGUCUUCCACUCCAGGCCCGACGAAGACCCGUUCCUCCUCGACCUCCGGGAAGUGGGCGGCCUCACCAUCGCCUCGUUUGAAGAUGACCCCACGUUGGUCCCGGAACCUCCCGAGACCAUCGAGUGGUCCGUGCCUGGCCGACGACCCCUCACCUCCCUGGCUCUUAACAUCUCCGCCCGCGCCGUGGUGGUCACCGUAAACAAAGCGAGGGAGGUCUCGAAGAGGACGGCCGCGACUGGCGUGCCUGAGCAGCUGUGGCUGGCCGGAGCGGGCCUGCACCUGCUGGUUCUGAAUCCUUGCACGGCCGAAGUCACCCUGGACAAGGUGUUCCCGACAGGCGAACCCGGCGCCCAUCGAGAGCUCACCUGGACUCUGGCUAACAUCCAGGACAACAGGGUCGUCGUUGUUGCUUCUGUCCACGAUGGGUCGCUCCAGCUGUUGUCCUCAGCGCGGGAACGCCUUGAAGCCCUCGGCUCUGAGUGGGUCAGGUACUACUCCUUCAGAGACUCGUGGGCUUGGGUCUUCGUCAUGGGGGGCGCGACUCUCGGCAGUGGAUUCGCGCCCAACACCGGCGCCAUCGACAAGUCAGCGUCACCCUUGCUAAUGGAGGUGGACGUCCCUUGGGGUCCUUCGCGCGACGGGACGAAGGGAGACAGCGCGGGAAAGAAAGCCGGCCAUGAUGGAAUCAAAGACGACAAAGCAGAGAACGACUCGCACGCGAAAGACAAGCAUAACGAGAACGACCUAGCGAACGGGCAGAAGAAAGAUCAGGUGCCUUCCGGGGUCCCAGUAACGAUCUCCGAAUACCUGACGCGACGCCGGGCAAGGAUCACCAAGGAGAGGAAAGCAGAAGCAGAAAAUAGCGACGUGAGAGAGGCGGCGUCGAGCGAGGCAGCGGCAGAGGCGAGCUGUGCAGAGAUCUGCCCUUCGUGGCCGCCGACGCAGGAGUGGCAGCGCCGUCGGGCCUUCUGCGCCGCCCACGACGGCUUUGGCGAGUUGUGCGACUGCGGGCGGCCCUUCGUCGUGAACCGGGAGGAUGCGGUGCCCAAGCCGACCACGUGGCGCGAAGAUAUACCGAUCCUCAUUAUCACCGGCGGAAGAGUACACUAUCUGUUCAGGUUGCUGCAGUCCCUGGGGAAGCAGCCAGGCGUCCGGCGAGACCUCAUAUUGUUGGUCACGGAUGGAUACAAUACAGAGGUGGCCAAAAUAGCACACAUUCUGUGCCUCACACUCCUAGUCCACAGACCCGAAGGCGUAAUCCCUGCCAAGAUCUCCAGGAAUGUCCGUUUCGGUCUCUUCAACAUCAUCAAGCAGUUCCCAAAGGCAGACAAGUUCAUAAUGUUGGAAGACGAUCUCAUUCUCUCUCCGGAUUUUUACUCGUACAUGCAGCAGACCAGCUGGAUUCUCGAAAACGACCCUUCGGUGUACUGUGUCUCCGCCUUCAACCACCUCUCCUACACCCACACGGCAUACAACGCGACCCAGAUCUACCGCGCCCACUCGUACCCUGCUUAUGGGUGGAUGAUGGACAAAAAGGGUCUGGAGUUCAUCCUCCCGAAGUGGCUGCCGAGUAACGUCACGCACGACUGGGACCACUUCAUGGACACGGGCAUCCUGAGGCGAGGUCGUGAGUGCAUUAUCCCUGACAUCAACCGAUCCUACCAUGGGGGAUCCGUCGGCGCCCAUCUCACCGCAUCCUGGGCCACGGAGAAGGACUUUCUCAACCGCACCUACAAUCUCGAUCCCGAAGUCGUCCUUGCGGAUCCUUCGCGGCUUCUCCAAAAAGAGUACGAGCGGGAGAUGAAGUCCUUGCUAGCGAGAGCCGAAGUCGUGGAUACCGACCAACUCGACGACACAAACUUUACUUUUUCCGUGAAAGAGGGAGGAGUACAUGUCAUCUACGCUUACAAGGAAACUCCUGAGGAUGAUUUAGCAUUCAGAGUCCUUGGGGAUGUCCUGGGCAUAUGGAACCGAGACGAUCGCGACGCCCAUCACCACACCUGGAGGCUGCACUACAAGGGCGCCACGCUGCUGGUGGUCGGGGUCCCCUUCUCGCCGUACUCGUCGUACCGCCGCCGAGGAAUGAGCGUGUUCGGGGUUCUGCCGGAGUCCAAGGCCGACCUUGAGCGAGAGGACCAGCGGGUACGUCUGGGCGUGUUGCUGAGUACUCACGCCAACAUGACCAACCUGCCCUUCCACGACGCUCCCGCCCAGCUCAUUCCCGCGGGCAAUGCCCUGUUCCUGUACCAAGCCCAAAAACGCCGGAAGUCGACUUCCUCCGGCGGUUCUUCCUCGCCUUCGUCGGGAGUUGAGAACGAGGAUGCGUCUAAAACUCUAGGGGAAGGACGAACACUAUCGCCUACGGAUGUUUCUCAAGAGGAACCCAGUGGUGAUGCAGAAUCUUCGGGUUUUACAGGGGAGCUUGGGAUCUCUGUGGGUGGUUCCCCGUCCACUAUGGCAGCGGAGGAGCAAACUGCAACUUCGGAGGUAACUGACACUGGUAUAACACCUGUAAAAGCAUCGAAAUAUGAUAAGACGUUAACGAAAGUACAGACAUCCGCGUCUAGGUGAAAUAUCCCACGUUUUUAAGUGGGGCGUAGACUCUUCACCCUCAGUGGAAGAACCUGGAAUAACUAGCGAAACAUAUACAGACGCGCAAGAGAAAACUAUGGAGGCUAUUGAUUCCCUUGGUGAUAAUUUAUCCAUCUGUACCAGUACUACAAAGCAAGCCAACACAUGUGGAAGGAUUGAGGAAUAACACCAGUGGAAAUACAAAAGAAAAACCUGUAAAAAAACGUAUUCUCUAUAACAAAGGUGCAACGGAUAAUACUAUACUACACAGGAUAUCCCUGUUAACAUAAAAGACGCUGAGAUACAAAUAUCAGCCUGAUAUAUGAACACUACUAUUUUAACCUACAAAGGUACACGUUCAUCCCAAUCAUCACUGGUUUACUUUCAAUGCCAUUACCAACAGUCAUGAUCGUUUACUGGUCUCGGCAACACCUGGAGAAUGACCUGUGUACCGAAUGAUAUAUAUGAUUAAAAACGUCUCACAAACA